AUGCGUAUUUGGACAACUUGGGCACGUGGAAACAUGGCGGACGCUGGUGAGUGCGUUGAUCACUUUGAUUUUCUGUAAUUUGGUGCAACAAAGAAAGGCAUCUUGCUCACGCAUUUAAGGCCGUUUUGUUUAUUGAAUUAUUUUCUUGCAGAAGCUGUGCCGCGCAAGAAGCACAAAAAGGACAAGCGUAAAUCUGAAGAGGACAUAGGUAAUGUUUGCAUGUGCAGCGCGCUUACAAAACAAUCUGGAUACAAUAGGCUGUGAAAUGAGUUGUUUUGUAGUGUAGCUCGUCCUUUGGAAGAAGCUAGUCAUACUUAACGCAUUUCUACUGACGAUCGUUUCGUAUCGAUCGUACAGGUUCUUCAAAGAAAGAAAAGAAGGUCAUUAGCGAGGCGGUUGAUGUCGACUCUUCGAACCAUGUGGGGGUGAGUUGGUCUGCCACUUUCCUCGCACAUAAGCUUAAUUUGCAGAUAUAUUCUCUGCUAAUUAUCUUUAAGUAGCUGCUCAGUUGUAUCGCUAAACUGGCGUUGCACAUCAUUAUAAUUGGUAGAUUAGUCGAUAUAAAAUUAACUUGUUCACUGCUUGUCUGAUUUUGGUUACAUCAAUAAUUGUUUCUCGACAAAUAAAACGGGAUUAUUCUCCGAUCUUGGUUUGCAACGUUGUGACGAGGCGGUCGUGUUGGAGGUCAAUGAAUUUUAUUUUGCAGAAUUUGCUUGAAAAAAGGAUUUAAGUCCCCUGCAGGAGAUCGUUUUUGUCCUUAUCAUCCAACAUGGUGGCCUUGUAAUCAGCUGCAAACCAGCAGUAACUGUUGUGGUUGUGUAAAGUGCAUAGUAUGAUCUUGAGCACUGCUCAUGAACACACUAGGCAACAAGUUGCAGCAACACGUCUCAAAUCAAUUUGUGUGUACUGAAGGAUUUUCGUGAAAAGCUUUGUGUCUGCAACAGAAUUUUGUUGUCACCCCCUAAUGUCACAACAUGUCGCACAAAAUUAUAUCAGACUUAAUUUGUGCAACUUGUUGCAGCGACAAAAUUCGGUUGCUAAGUCAAAGAUUUCCACUAAAAUUCUCCAGAACACACGAAGCGAUUUGUCACUAUAACAUGUGGUGGAACUUGUCUCAGUGACUUAUCACCUAACUUGCACACACAGAGUGAUUUCGCGGAUUUGCCAUGGCGACGUGUUGCACCUAAGAGUAUUAGGCUUGUGUGCACAAUGGAAAAUUCUGUUUGCUCUGUGAAAAAAUCAGUCAGCGGGAAGCAAUUUCUAGUGCAAGCAAUAUUUUUCACCCACCAAAAGUUUCUCAGCUGUCGCCAGACUUCAAAGAAGCCAUCCAUUAGCUUUGGAAGGCUACAAUGUUUUGUCAGGUGACAAAAUCUCUUGUUCCUUGACAAGUAUCCUUUGUCAGGUCAUCUUAUAUAACAAGAAUUUCUGGUCACACAAACAUUUUGCGGGUCUGAGGUGCAAGCAUGGUUCCAAAAAUGAACCAAUUACAAAAAUGCCCUACUCUAUUUUUUGUCGCAGUGCAAACAGGGCCUAAUGUUAGAGUCAUUGGUCCCAGCAUAGUCAAUGAACACGGUGACAAUCAACAAAUUUAGUGUGUUAAAUCAAUGCAGUUGUCUUAAAGAGAGGUCUAAAUGAAAACCCAGAAGCUUUAUAUCGGGCUGUGUCCUAGCAGAGCCCUAUGGUCCCUGAUGCCUAACUUUCACUCUCGGGAGACUAGGAAAUAUUAGGUUUUUUCAUACAAAUGAUAAUUAUGCUGGGUAACCUAGAUUUAACAGUUUCAGAGCACUAGGCUCUCGUCAAUAUUUUCCUUAGAGCACAGCUUUGGUUAUCGGCGCAAGUGUGAACAUUAACUGUCAACCUUGAAAACUAAGGGCAGUUUCUAAAAGUCAGAACUGGCCAGCUGGACCAUGGCUGGGCAAGUCAUUUUGACAAAGAAAUGGGCUUUUUCCAAAAGAUUUUGCUGAAAAAAUCUCCUUCAUACAAACUAUUAGGAUUUGACUGAUAUGACUGGAUAUUUUUUAUUAAAAGUGAAAUUCCCAAUACAACAGUGAUGGUCUGGCCACUCAGUUCUGACAAAUGGAAAGUGCCUGAAGAUAAAAAGAUAAUAUUUUUGUCACAUUACUCGCAGGAGACGCAGCAUGAAGAAGAUUUUCAUUUAAAGCCGACCUCCAAGACUGAAGUGUUGGACACAUCAAAGUGGCCUCUCUUAUUAAAGGUGAACCAUCAUCACAUCAUUGGUGUUCAACAUUGUUACUUUAUCUGUAUAAUCUACUUUCAGGAGCUCAGUUUAAAAUUUUAUUGCUGAAAACACAUCCCCCCGAACAGGUCACUUUUUAAACCUACAUGACACCCUUCUUGGCCACCAUAUAAAUGCUGCAUAAUGCAAAAGCACAGAAAUUCAAGAGUACUAUAUCAUUAUCACAAAACAAAGCACCCUUUUGAAGUGAACAGUUGUCUGAAUUUAAGUUUUUAGUUGCUCUAAUACGUCAUGAAUUUAAAACUCAGGAGGAUCAUUAACAAUUCCCUAGUUUGAAUUUUGAUGAUGUUAUGUGAAUACCAGCAAAUUAUUGCAAUAAUAUCAACUGCACUGUACUGUGGGGUUGGGGUUCUUGUUUUGAAAAACAAAGAUUUCCUAAGACAGCAUUUUACUCUUUGCUUAAAAAAUUAAACAAGACUUAACUAGAAGUUAAGCUUGAUAUUAAUAAUAUCAUUAUACCGAUUCAUAGAGUCAGAAGGGGAUUCAUUCACAUUCUUGCUCUUGUGAUCCCCGAACACGGUAAUGGUGAUGUAGAAUUCUAACCGAACUUGGUCAUUGCUCAAAGUUCUCAAACAUACUGUUGGUUGCAUCUAGGCCUGAACAUGUGAGGAAGAAACAAUAGUUCUAAUUGGAUGCAAACAUGACACGUUUUGCCGCCAAGCAUUCAAAGUUUAGAGCAGGCGACUGUUGUUGACUUAAUUUGUUGUUCGCUCAACAAAAUAUUCUUUGCAAGAAUUUGUAGACAUUAAGUAUUAUUUCUGGAAGCAAGUGUGCUUUUUCUGAGCAAUAAAUGUGCCUGAAAGUUGAUAAAAAUGAAAUAUGAGUAGAACGCACUGAUCAAAAACAUAUAAACAACUUGCCUUUGGCGUGACCUUUUGCUUUAAUGACUGUCAAACUUUAAAUGUUUGGCAGCACAUUGUUAGAACAUGUUUUCUUGUCUCAUGUCCACGCUUAGAUGCAACUGGUGGUAAACUUGUUUUGGGAUUUUGAAUGUUUAUAGUAAUGCUCUGAAAUAAUGAAAAUUUUACCUUACUUUGUUGUUGUUAACAGAACUAUGACAAGCUGAAUGUCAGAACUGGUCACUUUACACCUCUUCCAAAUGGAUGUUCGCCUUUGAAAAGGGAUCUGAAAGAUUAUAUUUCGUGAGUUGAUAAGUCAUUAUUAUGGAAUGAUAAUUACACCACCAUUUUGAUUAUUUCAAAGAUGAGCAGAUACUGGGCCAGAUUACCCACUACUGUUGCAUUUUAUGUGUGGGGAUCAUUCCAUAAUUUUCAGUGUUCUUGUUAUCAGGGGCUAACCGGUAAAAGUUGCUGCCUGAAGCAACACUUCUUACUGCCUGCAACCACUUGAAGGUUUACUAAAAUUAAAUAAAAAGUUUUAAUAAAUCCGAUCCAAUUCUCUCAAGGAAAUAAAUGAAUAUAUGGAAAAUUGCUAAAGUACACAGCUUUUCUUUUUGUGGGUCACACAUUGUGGAAAGAGAACAUUGAAGACAGAGUCAAAAUUAAUUAUUGGAAUUAAAUGUUUUAAAUUGUUGUCUAAAGAUGACCAUGGCCGAUUUGCAUAAUAUAGGUCUUAAAAAUGAGAGAAUGACGUUUCAGAGAACUUACUUCCUAAACUUCCCAGCCAGAGCAGAGCAAUAUCACUCACUCUACUACCCCUCUUCCCCCAAGGAAGUUUUUAGCCUUACCGGCCAUGAAUGGUCCCUUACCUGUUGAGCUAGAAUUUAGGGAGAACACUGAAUUUUGGUUUGCCAGAAGGUUCCUUUGAAAAAAUUGAAGCUUGGAGAACUGUUUGUAUUUCACAAGCACCUUACCAGUGUUUUUUUUUAUUAUUAGGAGUGGAUUUAUAAAUCUUGACAAACCAGCCAAUCCUUCAUCACACGAGGUAUGAUUGAAUUUUCUCCUAAUCCUGGUUUGGUAUUUUAAGAGAAUUUAAUAGUUCAGUGAUUUUGUUAUCUGCAUCCUGCGUCCCUGAUGCAUAAAAAUUCCAAAAGGUACAAAAUAAUUCAUGGUAUGCGUCCCAUAGGAUGCAAAGAUUGAUCAAUUGAUCUAAACAUGUGUAUUCAUAGAAAUAUCCUGUUUGUGUAAUUUCUGUGGCAGUUAUUAUGGCUGUUGUUUAACAAUGCAUAUUUAAUUUCUUUCAGCCUUUGUUGUGCUUUAAAAUAGAAGGACUAUAUUUUAAUUUCAGUAUACUGUAAUACAGGGCUUUCUGUCUCUGUCUGGUUACAUAAACGCCCAUAUGCAAGCCUUAUUAAUUUCAGACUUGGUUUUAUUUUUACUGGGACUCAUUGGUUCUGGGCGAGGAGCACUCAUGAUUUUUCACAAGAUGAGUCCCAAGACUCACCAUAACUGUUUGUAACAAAAUCACUGACAGGUUGUGGCUUGGAUCAGAAGGAUUCUUCGAGUGGAGAAAACUGGACACAGUGGAACUCUUGAUCCCAAAGUGACAGGUUGUCUGAUUGUCUGCAUUGAGAGGGCAACAAGACUUGUUAAAUCUCAACAGGGUGCAGGUAGACAAUAAUGGUCACAUUACUUUUCUUUCUCUUUGACAUGCAUCUACAUGUAUGCAGUUAUGUUUGAUUGACCCAUUUCACUCCUGGAAAUUUUGUCAAAAAACACCAUUUGUGCCAAAGUCAACCCCUUUUCUGGUCACUGUUUACCAGUAAAAAACAAAACAGCUUAAAAUAUUAUUUUUAAGUUGAGUUCUAUGCUGAAGUUUUUUCUUGAUGCUAAAUUAUGGCUUCUGCUGUUUGGACAUGUGGAGAAUGCAAAAUUUUGAGAUAACGCUGGAAUGGACUUGCAUUUUUUUUCAGUUCAGAGUAAGCGCAUGUACAUGUACAGUAGAGUUAUACUCGGACAUGCCACAUGGAUAGAGAGGUUUUGCACUUUAUAGCAAGUAUACACUGUCAACGUACUGUAGUGAUGUUUCCCUUCUUGUUUUGUGAUUUUAGGCAAAGAGUAUGUUUGUAUUGUCAGGCUCCAUGAAGCCAUUGAUAAAGUGGCAGAUUUGGCAAAGGUUAGUACACACAGCAUGCAUUAAAACUUGCAUGUAAAAGUAUAAUGAAUUUUCAAAGAGGGUAUGAGGUACAUGUAAAAGGAUUGUUAUAACAAAUAACACACAUUGCUCAUGAAACUGCUUGUACAUUUCUGCAUUAUUUUGUCAUUUUAACUGGUUUCUUAGCUUGUCUCUUAAUGAAGGCUUAUUAAUGUGAACUUUCUAAUUCUUUCUUUCAGACAAUAGAAAUGCUCACUGGAGCCUUAUUCCAAAGGCCACCACUGAUCUCUGCUGUGAAGAGACAACUCAGGAUAAGAACAAUUUAUGAAAGCAAGCUUAUUGACUAUGAUGAUGAGCGGCAUCUUGGUAAGUAUAUAUACCUCCCAACUUUUUCAGAGUCAAAUGCCUGAGAUUUUCAUCUUCUCAUGACCAGAAUUUUCAAAAAUGUCCCAAUGACUUUCAAAGUAAUGUUUCCAAUGAUUUUCCAAAGACUUCUGGACUUUGUUGAAAAUGUCCAAAGUUUUUUCCGACAACUUUUGAGGACUUCCAAAGUUAUUAAAAAAUAAAAAUUUUAGUGUGUUUUGAUACAGUUAAGACCCAAGUCAACAUUGUUGUAUGAAGUCAGCUUGGAUGUUUCCGAAGCUAUCCACUUGAAGAUAUCAUUUACGAACGAGUUCAUGAUAUUCAUUAAAUAGUUUAGGGGAAACUGAAUUGAAUUUUCAUUAUAUGUGUGUAUGGACAGGUCGUCCGGAUUUCUGAGUCGGGCAUGAGAAAUUGUCCAUGAUGUGUGAGAUCGUUGUCUCUAGUCCACAGGCAUGAGAUUCGCACACACAGCUGUAAUGCAUGAGAGUUGGCAGUAGUAUGAGUACCUGCUCCAAAAGAAGAAGUACAGUUACGGAUCAGAGACUUGCAAAUAAUUUUCUUUUUAUGAAGGACAGAUGUGACCAGAUCACUGUUUUUGUCAGACAGUUCAUAACUAGCUCAUCUGACCACUGAACACACUAAGUGGGUGUUUUCUUGUUUUUUUCAGGUGUGUUUUGGGUUAGUUGUGAGGCAGGAACUUAUAUCAGAACCCUCUGUGUACACAUUGGCUUGUUAAUGGGGAUCGGCGCACACAUGCAGGAACUUAGGAGAGUGCGCUCUGGAAUUCAGUCUGAGAAUGUAAGUCAACCAAUCACCCAAUGCAAGCAUGCUGAAAUUAGAAAUAGAGAUUAAGUAUGACUUAGAAAAUAAUAAUAUAAUGGGUGCAAAAAAAGUCUGAGCCCCCAGUUGGAAUCGAACCCACAACCUUCCAGAUACAGAUAGGACGCAUUAACCACUGAGCUAUGGGCGACUCACAUAGCGAGCAGGUCGCAGGUUAGGACAUCAUCUCACGAGUACACUGGACUAAGGAAAAGCAAUACACCAACUUGCUUGCAUCACACAAGCACUAUAAAAAAGUGUUGUGUACACCUCAAAGCCAACCAUCCACCCAUGCCAUUAGCAUGAUGAAAUUAGAAAUAGAUAUUAAUUACAACUGAGAAAUGCUCGGGAAAAAAAACCCAAGCCCCCAAGUAAGUGAUGCGGUUUUAAAAGAAGCUGAAGUCAAAAUUCUACAAAAUUCCAAAUUUAUUUCAUUUUGUAAAAUGCUGCAAAAAUGAAUAGUACCGUGUGAAAGUACUGCCAUUCUUUUGAAUAAUCACACUGUAGGGUUUUGUCCACAGACUCAAAAGUUAGAUCAACCUUGGCUUUCAAGUCUCUUUCAACCCUCAAAGUUAAAAUUUUUGUUCAGUGGCCAUUUGGCGAUCAGCUCUUUGGGUUUAGUCGCCAGGGGAAAUUUUUAGGCGCCAAAUUAUAUUAAUAAAUUAAUAUAUCAAAAUUGUCCUUAACAAAAGCAGUUAGCAAGUUUAACUUAAAAUGUAGCACUGUCUAUAAAUUACUUGUUUAUUGUGCAAGGCAUUAGUUACUGAUAGUCUGAGAAUAAGGUUUGCAGAUUCAUCUCCUUGAAUCAAUACUGAAACGGAAUUGUAAAGACAAUUACCAUUUCCAGUUGUCUUUAGGGCCUUCAAUCCUUCUGUAUAAUCCCCAGUUGGUAUAUGAGAGCAGAACUUAACUCAUCCUCUGUUAAUGUGUUCAAAAUUUCCCAGUCGCAACUUGAUAGGUGACCUUUUUUUUUUUUCUGAUAUUUGUUUCGCGUAUCUUUUGCGACUUUUGUUGAUGAUGAACUUGUUUCCCCAACUAACAAAUAUUUUUGGAGAUUUAAAAGGGCGUUUUUAAUAUCGCUAGACAUUACGAAAGCCUGACAAAGGCAGGAGAGUAAAGGAAGAUCGACAAAUUUUCUAAAUCAAAUCAUUGCUUUAUAGAGAUAACGUCACGCACAUGAAAAUAUUUCGCAACGAGUUGUACUGGGAAAAAAUGUUUUUCCCAAUCAAUUGAAAGGAACCUAAACAAAAAUGCCGCUUACGAAAUAAUAAAUUUUCUUUUUCCUUUAUCAUCGCUACAGGUGUUAAAAAAAACCAUUUUUUGCAACAACCAUAAGCUGUCAGUUUUGUGAUGUUUAGUUUCGCUUACAAUUAUCGCUUUUGUUUACAAAACCGCGAUUCAACUCGCAGCACGGUUCACAUGUUACGGUUAUCACAUAAUGUUCUGUGUUGAAUUUGCACCAAUUUAGCUCUCCCUCUUCAUGUUAUUAGAUUGUUUCAGUAUUGAUUCAAAAAUAUUUGUAAUAUGUAGUCCAGUUAAAAAACCACCGAACUUGGCUAGACAAGCAUUCCUAAGAUAUCGAAGAAAUCGUCACUGUCAACAAGCAAGGCACUUCGAUUGCGUGCCAUUUGUCACGUGUCAAAAGUUAAAAUGUCACGUGCAAGGCAACAGACUGAAGGCGAUUAGGGGAACGAAUGCAAGUCAAGUUUCAUUGAUGUUCAUUUUCAAAACGCUUAGCUCUGGGACUGUUUUAAGUUUUCAAUUUAUUAUAUAGCAUGUUUUUCAACGGAAAAGUAAAAAAGUAAUGUAAUUCAAAUCAGCUAGAAUAAAUGUUCUUCAUAUUUCAGUAGAAGUGAUUACCAUUUCUGUUUCUAUACGCCACAACCCGAACCUAUUCUUCACGGUCGCCAGCUUGGCGACUAUUCUCCAAAUCAAGUCGCCAGUUCCAAAAUUUUAGGUGCCAUGGCGACUAAAAUGGUCGCAACUUGGAGGGUUGUCUUUCAUUCAUUCUGUUAGUAAAUAGAUUAAGGGGACCAGAUUCAUUGAAACUUUCCUGUUUAGAGCUACAGUAAAAUGGGCUACCAAUAACGUGCAACUUGUUUUAUAACAUUGCUGCAAAACAGGUUGAAAAGCGAUGUUGUGCAUUUUACCAACCACGUUCAAACCUGUCUUGAGCAACAAAAUUAGGUUUCAAGGUUUAUUUUCAUGGGUCAUAAAACGCAUAACAUCACUAUUCAACUCAUUUUGCAACAAAGCCACAAAGCAAGUUGCACAUUUUUUGUUGCCUAUUUUACCACACCUUAACUAUCAGUGUGCUUGGUGGCCUGUACAUUUACAUGUAUAUCUUACAUAUUUUGUAGGUCAUGUUGGGCCUUAUGAAAACAUGGCAAAUUCAUUAUAUAAACACCACUAAAAUACCACAUGAGCCUUUCUGCAAAAACAUGACAUCUUAAUGUGUGAAAGUAACAUAUAUGUACAACCACCAUAUUUUUAUAGAGACUGGUUCUGAUAUUCCGCUGAGCUACCUGCGACAUAGCUGCUGGUACUGCCUGCAACACUGUUCCGAUAUGAGAACAGAAGUUGUCAGCAACAGAGGGCAUGUCCGUCUUUACCACUGACAUGCCUGUGAAGUUGACUCAAGUUCAACAUCGCAGGCAUGCCAGCGGUAAAGACCUGUGAUGUUUCUUUUUGCCGGUGGCAUUAUGUCCUCACAUGCCGCAGCAGUAUCGCAGGCAGCAUCAGUGGCUAUGUCCCAGGUUCUUUGGUGGCAUACAUGUAUGAGAACCAGGCUUAAUGCAUCUUAUUUUCUUUUUCAGGAUAAUAUGUCCACCAUGCAUGACAUUCUUGAUGCUCAGUGGAUGUAUGAUAAUUACAAGGAUGGUAAUAAAAAGUUACUUAAAUUAUUAUUAUUAUUAUUAUUAUUAUUAUUAUUAUUAUUAUUAUUAUUAUUAUUAUUAUUAUUAUUAUUAUUAUUAUUAUUAUUAUUAUUAUUAUCAUUAUUAAUUACAUGACAUUAUGUAUAGUAGAUUACUUGGAGAGCAAGGGUGGUGAAGUAGUGAAAGCACUCCACCUGACCCACCAAUGUGGCUCUGGUUUGAAUUUCGAAGGUAACCCCAUUUGUGGGUUGAGUUUGCUGUUGGUUCCCUUCCAAGCUCCAUUAAUUUUUUUGCUGUUCACCUUGAUUUUUCCCUUUCCCAUAAACCAAUGUUUCCAAAUUCCACUACGAUCAGGAUAGUGGAUGAAAAAUCACUACAUGUGUGGAUGUGUUUUGCUUAUUUAUUUCUUUAGUUUUUAAUAUUAUAACAGACUGGUUAUUAAGUAAGGUUCAAACCCCGUUGAAGUCCUGAAUUUUUUCAGGCUUCUUUACGCAAUUGCAUAAAUUGCAUUCACUGCGACGAUCAUUUCUUCAUUUUCAUUUCAUUUCCACAGUUCAUAUAUGAUUUAUUAAUUCAUAUAUCAUUAACACUCAUUUAUUUCACUGGAACAUAUGAACCCACAAUUGACCUGCUCCCAACGUAAGUGGCUUCAUAGCUCAGUUGGUAGAGCAUCGCACCGGUAAUUGCGAGGUCACGGGUUCAAACCCCGUUGAAGUCCUGAAUUUUUUUCAGGCUUCUUUACGCAAUUGCAUAAAUUCACUCACUGCGACAAUCAUUUCGUCAUUUUCAGACUAUGGUUAUUUUUUCAAACCCUCUUUUAUUUUUAUUUUUAUAUCAGUUUAGUAGUGUUUAAAUACAGAAUGACCAUACCAAUGCAUUUGUAACAUAUUUUUUUUCCAGAGUCCUACCUCCGCCGCUGUAUCAAACCACUUGAAGCCUUGCUGACCUCUCACAAGCGUUUGGUUGUAAAAGAUAGUGCUGUAAGUGAGAAGUUGUUUUCUGAUCAGUAAUUAUCAGCUGUGUACAUUUUUCUGUUAAGUUGUGUUGCUAGCUUUAAAAAGACAAAGCAUAAAGUGAUGCCUCUGCUCACUGAAAUAACCAAAGGCUAUACAGAUAAUAUGUUGAGGUUCACUUACUCUGAAUUCCAGGCCCUACUGCUGGCUGGUCCCAGAUUUGAUUUUAAAUUUUAUUGUGAUUAACUAGUGUUAAUCUUCCAUGUUUAAUUUUUGUGUUUUAGGUGAAUGCUAUUUGUUAUGGGGCUAAGCUUAUGCUCCCCGGUCUCCUGAGAUACGAGUCUGGGAUAGAAAUGAAUGAAGAGAUAGUUAUUAUGACAACCAAAGGAGAAGCUAUUGCUCUAGGUGAGUGCAGGGUUUUCAUUAAGAAUUCUAGUAGCAGGAGAAAGGUUUAUACAGGAGAAUAUUCUGAAAGAGGCUCCACGUCUGAAUAAAAAAACAAUAGUCAUAGGCCACCGAACAUUAGCAGGAGAAAUCUGCAUAGUAAACAGGGAAUCUGCGAUCUCCGAUGUCUAAUCAACACCCUGUGAGUGUCAGUCAGUUACUAUUCAAAGUGAUUAAUAAGUCAUUGGCCAGUUAGCCAACAAUUAAAUCAUACAGUUAGCGAAGCAGUAAGUUGUACACUGUACAUCAGCAUUAUUAAACAGUGAGUCAGUAAUCCAGUAUUGAUAAAUCAUUUUGAUCAACAAUUAGGUAUUGGUCAGUCAACCAGUAGUCAUUUGUUAGCGGCAUCUUUAACAAGAUUAAUUAGACAACCAUGACACUUUCUCUUAAACAGAAUAAUUAUAAUGAUAAUAAUAAUAAUAAUAAUAGUAAUAACGAUAAUUGAUUGUUUAUCCAGGAUAAUCCUUCGGUACCAAGUACAGUUAUCAACAGGGUCCUGCUGACUAUUGAUUAUUAAUAACUAAUAAUAAUAAAUAAAAUAAAUAAGACUAACAGAAAUAUAUGAGAGCAGACAUGCACUAAGUUGAUAAUCGUUUAAAUCUACAAUAUUUAUUAAAUUACAAUAUAAUAGUCGUUCAAGGCUUUCCUAAAGAAAACUCUAGAAUUAAUGUUUCCUUAAAUUUAAAGGCAAUGAAUUAAAUAUCAAGGUACCUAAAAAAUAAAAACUAUGGAGUGCAAAAUCCAGUUUGACCUUGGGCAUUGUUGCUGUUUUUCCAUUGUUUAUAGUGUUUAAAGCAUUAUGAUGUAAUCUUUGAAAAUAAUAAUUCUUAAAUGAAAAACAUGCAGUUCCAUUUAGACUUGGAAGGCAAUAAAGUAUAAUCAGCUCAGUUCUGAUGUCAGUAUUUUAUUCCACUUGUCUUAAAGUCAAGUUAGUAGAAAAGUGUUUCUAACAAUGUGUUCUUGAUUGUUAGGAAUUGCUCUUAUGACAACAGCAGUCAUGGCGGCAUGUGACCAUGGUGUUGUAGCAAAGAUCAAGAGGGUGAUUAUGGAAAGAGAUACAUACCCCAGAAAAUGGGGCCUAGGACCCAAGGUAUGAAGACGUAAUUUGAAUAAUUAUUGUUCUGAUGUAAUAUUUUAUAAUCAAAUAUAUAAAUCAGAGACAAUAAGGCAGAGCUGAGAUUUCCUAGACNGUUUGACCUUGGGCAUUGUUGCUGUUUUUCCAUUGUUUAUAGUGUUUAAAGCAUUAUGAUGUAAUCUUUGAAAAUAAUAAUUCUUAAAUGAAAAACAUGCAGUUCCAUUUAGACUUGGAAGGCAAUAAAGUAUAAUCAGCUCAGUUCUGAUGUCAGUAUUUUAUUCCACUUGUCUUAAAGUCAAGUUAGUAGAAAAGUGUUUCUAACAAUGUGUUCUUGAUUGUUAGGAAUUGCUCUUAUGACAACAGCAGUCAUGGCGGCAUGUGACCAUGGUGUUGUAGCAAAGAUCAAGAGGGUGAUUAUGGAAAGAGAUACAUACCCCAGAAAAUGGGGCCUAGGACCCAAGGUAUGAAGACGUAAUUUGAAUAAUUAUUGUUCUGAUGUAAUAUUUUAUAAUCAAAUAUAUAAAUCAGAGACAAUAAGGCAGAGCUGAGAUUUCCUAGACUUAGGGAAUGAAAUUACACCUUUAUUUAGGCACCAAUGUCAGCGCUCGAAAAAACCUGAAUUCCAGCACGCACGUCCUUUGGGCAAACAGCUCUCUCAUUUGCUUGCCUUUGGUAACUACUUCCUUGUCUUUGGUAAUGAUUUAGUUGGAGCAUGACUUGCCUGGACCCUUCUUUGCCCAUCGGGCAAGUGAGCUUUAACACUUUCACUGCCAAAUUUAGCCAAAAGCAAAUUUCGACCAAAUUUCCAAAUUUUAUUUUGUCAAAUUUUGAAGAACAAAUGGCACCAUGUAAAAGUGCAGGCAGAGAGCUUUUAUUGAAUGGUCACAUCAUAAGAUUUCGUCCACAGACUCAAAAGUUAGAGUCACCUUACAAAACUCCAUCAAAUACUCUGGCAGUGAAAGGGUUGAAAGUUACUUGUCCAACAAGAAAAUAUACCAAUCCCGGACGACCGGAUGGGACUUUUUUUGAGCCGUGAAUGUGUCUUAAUUCCUCACCUCGGUGAUCAAAUCCUGAAAGUUACCCGCAGUUGACAAAUUGGUGACUAGAGUUUGUUGCUGAUACCCUACAUGAAGAUGUAAUGGACUGUUCCAGAUAUGUAAAAUUACAAGAACAUCUGUGGCAGUGUUUUUGGCAUCCAAAAUCUUUGCUUGUGGCCGAAACCCAGCAUUCUUUACAAAGGUAGAUACAUUGUAUAUCCUGUCCUAUAGUGUCCCUUUUUAGUAGUUUAACUUUGAAAGAGGUUCGGUGUUGGUAACCAUGCGAUUUUGUUUGGUUUUAUUUCUUAGGCUCUGCAAAAAAAGCAGUUGAUCGCCUCUGGUAAACUGGACAAACGUGGUCGACCAAAUGAGAACACACCCAAGGAAUGGAUUGAAAGCCAUCCUGAUCUCAGGUUAGUACUUACUUAACAAGUUGACAACAACUUUCCAUGAUCUGUUUAACAAAAUUAAUAGAUUCCAUGUUGCCGUCUGUGAUCUAUUCACUGAACAGGCCACUUCAACAUGAAAUUUAUUUGUUUUAUACCAUGAUCAGAAAAAAAGCGCCAAUGCAAAUACCUGCCUCAUACACUAAGGCAACUGUUGUGAUGAUUUCUUUCAGUUUGGGCAUUCUCAAGUUGUCAAGAACUCUUUUUGUCUUCAUUUCUCCAUUAUUAAUCUUUGUAAAUAGCUCCUUUUAAACUUUUUUCGAGGCUUUCACAUAAUCUCACAAACAUUUUCAAAACCGCACGACAUGUUGAACAAAACAAAGAGAACAAGUUUCCCUUGACAUCAUCCAUGCAUUUGUGCAGUGGAACCUCGAAGGGCCAAGGAACUUUUAAAAAUAAUAUGUUCGCUAUAACGAGGUUUCGUUAUAUCGAGGUUCUUUUCCAUAUAUUUUACUAUCCCUGUGGUAAAAACAAUGUGACCUGUAUUUUAGACCUACCAUUGCUUUGUUUUUGUUGUCUUUUGUUGUUGCGCCAGAAUACCACUUUAAGUCUUUUGUGGCUGUCAGUGAUAAAUCCAAUUCUUUCCUUCUGUAGUACACAGAAAUCCCCAAUAUCGUCACAAGAACUUUCAACACCCAAAGAAACUAGUGAGGCUGUGCAGGUGAAACAAGAACCAGUUCCUGGUGCACCUGUGACACCUCAAGAAGUAGAAGAAAGAAAAAAGGUACGUUGCUGUAAAUACAGGGUGUGGAAGUGGAGAUAUUAUUCCGCUUCCCGGGUAGUAGUCAAAUCCCGUUGAACCAUUUUGCAUUUUCCUGAAUCCUGUACUGUAUUUCGGUCCAAUCCCAGAUCCCGAGAAUACCCUUCCAGACCCUGUAAAUUAAUCGAGUCAUUAUGGCACGUUUCUUCUCCCCAAGUGGGGAACAGGGCGGAAAUCGUCUUUCUUCCAACUUUAAACAUGUUUCUGUAAUCCGUGAUAGUAUCACAGUGAGGGGCCAUUGGCCCCAUGCCAAACCCCCAACUUGGAAUGACAGCCCAGAGGCUGUUUUUAGAUUGGCCUCUCACCCUUGACUAUUCCGGCUUGGUUAGACCUACCAGGAGUAAAAUCCGCCGGCGUAGCUCUUGGGCUGUUUAAGGUCCCCUAGCUUCACCGCCACGAGAUGGCGAUGACCAUAGGGUGAAAAUAUACGAUAGUAAGUCUCUCGGCAUCAUCAAGGCUCACAGUCUUCGCCACCAUAACCAAAGGCAGACCAACAUCUGUUUACGUGGCCGUGGUUGUCAUUUAAAUCUGAGCAUCGAUCUUUUGUAUUCAGUAGAAGAAAUACAGAUGAGCAUUACGGCGGCUACAAUUUGCUCCAAAAUACAGACAACUGCCACACGAUACGAACAGAGGGUGGGAAAAACCCAGGGUAGAGCCUGUAAAUAGACGAUGGCUGAUAUAAUUAGCCUUUGUACAGACAAAAUCGCGGCUGUGCACCCUAUUUCCGCGUUAUUUUUCUUGGGGUACAUUUAUUUGUCUGUCUCACAUACCGAGAUAUUAACCAUAGCAUUGACUUUACGCGGAAGUUGCCGUGUGCAUUGCGUCUUGUCCCCGAAAAAAUUUCACAACCACUGUACCGUGAGGCUCGUAAGCCCAACCCAAGAAUAUCGGCAGCUAUCAUGGCCGAUUCUUUUCUGCCUGCUUGCUCAUUGAUGAUUUGUCCUCGAACAGAGAAAACGAGACACGGAGGGAAGCGAUGAAGAUAAGGAUACGCCGAGCAAACAUGAUAAAAAGAAAUCCAAAAAAGACAAAAAGAAGGCCAAAGAAAAAGAGAAAGAAAGCUCUGACGAAGUAAGUAAUAGUAUUUAUAUGAUUUUUCUUUGACAACUAACUUUUUUAUAGUAGCCCUUCAUGAAUCAGUAAGUCAUCCUGGAUCAGCCAAGAUCUGAGUUGAUAUAUCCCACUUUUGAUUAGUUUAUCUGGCUUCAAUUGACCAUAUUAAUUUGUUAUCCUUCCUUCCCUGUAACAGGAAAAGAAAGAAAAGAAAAAGAAGAAAAAGAAGAAAGAAAAGGAGAAAGAGAAGGCUAAGAAAUCUGAUUCAGACUCUUCAGACUAA